UGUGAAGGGGGCAAACAAAUUUGCACUAGGGUCCGGGAGGGAUUUGAUUAUUAUCACAGUCUGAGGAGAGAGAAAGUUUGGGAGAACGGACGGGUGACCCAGAUUCUACACAGAUAUGCAAUUUCAGGAGUGGCUACGUUCCCUUCGCUUCAGUGGAGGAGAUGGGAAGUCUGAAUUGGACAAUCUGAAAACCCUCCUCCCCUCUCUGCCCUCGUCCUUCUCUCUGUCCUCUCUCUCUCUUUUUUCAUCCUCUAUUAUAGGGUUAGGAGCACUAGCCUCUCUCACAACCUAUUGGCUGGUGACCCGACCUCGACCAAUCCAGCCUCCCUGUGACCUACAGGUUCAAUCCAUACCUGUACAGGGAGACCACAGCUGUAGGCGAUCAGCUUUACUGAAGGAUGACAAUCUAUUGGAGUUUUACUAUGAGGACACAAAGACCGCUUAUGACAUGUUUCAGAGAGGACUUAGAAUAGCAGGAGAUGGGCCGUGUCUUGGCUUUAGGAAACCAGGAGAGCCCUACCAAUGGAUCUCCUACACUGAGGUAGUAGAAAGGGCACAGGUGUUGGGAUCAGGUUUGCUGGCAAAGGGUUGCAAACCAAACCCAAAGCAGUUUGUAGGCAUCUUUGCCCAGAACAGACCGGAGUGGGUCAUUGCAGAGCUGGCCUGCUACACAUUCUCUAUGGCAGUGGUUCCUCUGUAUGAUACACUGGGAUUAGAGGCCAUGGUUCAUAUACUAAACCUAGCGGAGAUCUCUAUGGUGAUCUGUGAUAAGGAGGACAAGGCAGAAUCUCUGCUAAAGAAUAAGGAGAAUGGCGUGACUCCCAACCUCUCCUGUCUGGUGCUCUUUAACCCUUUCAGCGCCGCCCUGCUGGAGAAAGGGAGGAAGUGUGGUGUGGACAUACUGCAGCUCUCACAGAUCAUGGAUCUGGGACGAGAGAAUUUACAGUCGCCUGUGCCUCCUCAUCCCCAGGAUUUGGCAGUUGUGUGUUUCACCAGUGGAACCACAGGAAAGCCGAAAGGAGCGAUGAUCACUCACGGCAACAUCGCCUCAAACACAUCCUCUGUCAUCAAGAUCCUGGAGGGCUUCUUUGUGAUUCGUCAAGAGGAUGUGUCAAUCUCCUAUCUGCCACUUGCCCACAUGUUUGAGCGCAUGAUCCAGGUGUCAAUGUUUUGUCAUGGAGCAAGGGUUGGUUUCUACCAGGGUGACAUCUCUCUGCUUAUGGAUGACAUAAAGACCCUGAAGCCCACCUUCUUCCCCGUGGUCCCUCGAUUACUCAACCGCAUCUAUGACAAAAUUCUGGGCUCAGUGACAUCUCCGCUGAGAAGAGCCAUUCUCCAUUACGCUGUGAGGAGGAAACAGGCAGAGUUGAGCAGUGGGGUCGUGAGGAACAACAGUGUGUGGGACAGACUUAUCUUCAAUAAGAUACAGGCAGGUCUGGGUGGGAACCUGCGUUUCAUUCUCACUGCAUCGGCCCCAAUCUCGCCAACUGUUCUGUCCUUCCUCAGGGCAACUCUUGGCUGUCUGAUUUUUGAGGGGUACGGGCAGACGGAGUGCACAGCUGGCUGUACCUUUUCAAUGCCUGGUGACUGGAGUGCAGGUCAUGUAGGAGCUCCAUUACCCUGUGCCAUGGUGAAGCUCACAGACAUCCCUGAUAUGAAAUACUAUGCCAAGAAUGGAGAAGGAGAGAUCUGUAUCCGGGGUCACAGUGUCUUCCAAGGGUAUCUGAAAGACGAGGAGAGGACAGGAGAAGCUCUGGACGCUAACGGCUGGCUGCACACUGGAGACGUGGGACAAUGGCUGCCGAAUGGCACUUUGCGCAUUAUAGACCGAAAGAAACACAUCUUCAAGCUUUCUCAGGGAGAGUACAUUGCUCCCGAGAAGAUCGAAAACGUCUACACUCGCUGUGUUCCAGUUCUGCAGGUCUUUGUGCAUGGGGAUAGUCUACAAUCACAUCUGAUAGGAAUAGUAGUUCCGGAUCCCGAGGUGUUUGUCGACUGGGCCAAAGAGAGAGGAAUAGUGGGAUCAUAUGAAGAGCUAUGUCAAAAUCCUGAUGUGAAGAAAGCCGUGCUCGAGGACAUAACAGCAGUGGGGAAGGAAGCAGGACUAAAGUCCUUCGAACAGUUGAAGGACUUGUAUUUGCACCCUGAAAUGUUUAGUGUGUCAAACGGCCUCCUCACACCAACCCUGAAGAGCAAACGUGUCGAUCUACAGAGAGUGUUCAGUGAGCAGAUCACACAGAUGUACAGUAAAUCAUCUAUAUAGAGACCCGACACGCUGCCUUAAGAUCAGUAUCCUCUAAUACCCUCUAACACGCAGUCCACAUCUGAUUUCUGCUGUCACACAAGCUAUUUUUAGAAAACAUUUUUAACUUAAACAGGAGAUAUUCUACUGAAAGCAAACUAUUUUUGAUCAUUUAUAUAACUGUAUGUAUUGGCUUGAGGGAAGAAAAAAAUCAGCGAACAGUUCCAUAUAAUUCAUGCGUGACUGGGUUUAACAGCACUGUUGGUUAGGACAGAGGUUAAAGCUACUUUAGAAAGUCUUCAAAAUACCUGAUACUCCAUUACUGGCCUAGCUCAAUGUGUUUUUUCUUUUCGAGUGAAGUUAUUGCUGUAUUCAAAAUAUGAACUAGUCUCCAUUUUAGCCAUUUCCUAUAGCUUGAACUGCAGGUCAUCCAGGCCCGACACAAUCUGAUAGUUGUAAACUUCUGAUCAUCUUAAUUUCAUUUAUGUUGGAUUAUUGCCUGUAGUGUGGGUUCGAUCCCUGACUGUAUGUAAAGUAUAAUAGUCUUAUCUGUAAAUGAGCAUUUUGAACUGUAAAUGUUUGACUAAUUCUGACUCCUAGAGAUGUACUGUAUUUGACUGUCUUUUAUUGAUGGAGGAAUAAAGAGAAUGCAUUAUUCACCUUUCUAUUCCUCCCCUAUAUGUUAAAACAGAGUGGUCAUGGACUGUUAAAUUGUGUCGCUUACACAGAAUUUACUGGUUCAAUCCUAACCAAGAUAUGAACAGGAUGUACUGAGAUGGUAUUCACAUGUCGUUUUACCCAGUGACUAUUUAGCAGAGACGGGUCACUUCUAUUAAAAUGAAUGUGAGAAAUUUGAGGGUUUUUUUUGGAAAGCAUCACAAUCGAAUUAUCUGCAAAACAUUCUAAAUCAUAAACAUCUCAGAGACUGACAUCAGAGACGGAUUAAUAGUAUACAUCUUAUAAAUGUAUUGCAGAUGUAGAAACAAACAAAUCAAAUAGACGUCUGGGUGAUGUACCUGUGCUAUAUGGGAACUUAUUAAAUACACAUUCACUGACACUUAACAUUAAUAUACACACUUCCCUGAUAGCACAUGUACAUCACCCAGACAUGUACUUGAUCUGUGUGUUUACAUCCCAAAUGUGUAUUUUUUAGGUUUUACUCAUAUACAAUAUGAUAAGACCUCUCGGAUGUGAAUAAGACAUUCAGCAGAUGUCUUUGGAAUGUGUAAAUCUGAUCUUUUUAAGAUGUUUAGCAGAUGUUAAUUAGAUUAAAAACACACCUCAUAGAUGUACAUCUGGGUAUACUGUAUGUUAUGUAUUAAAAAAAUUAAAAUAGCACCCUUAAGUCAAUAGUUGUAGACUA